CGGGAGGAGGGCCGCGCGCCGCGUCCGCUGGGAAGGAGCUGCGAGCGACCUCGGGUUCCGGCGAGCAGCUAGGGGACUCGCGGAGCUGUGGAGGACCUCUGGACUCAGCUGCUGAGCUGAGCACCGCUCCCGCCAGGCCGACGGGUCAGGCAGGGCCUGGCGUGAGGGGCACGCGCGCGGUGGAAACGCUGAGGAUCGAGGCGCUGCGGCCUGAGCAAAACCCAAUAGAAAGAACAUGACAUUUGGAGGCAGAAGACUUAGUUUCAAAUUCCUGCUCCUUCACUUACUAAUUUUGUGAUUUGGGGAUCCAACCCAGGGCCUUACGCGUGCUAGAAAUAUCUGUGCAAGAUGUUGAUGUUGCAGAUUUGGCUAGUGAAAGCUUUGCUUAUUUUCCUCACAACUGAAUCUAUAGGUGAACUUCUGGAUCCCUGUGGUCACAUCAACCCUGAGUCUCCAAUAAUAGAACGUGGCUCUAAUUUCACUGCAGUUUGUGUGCUAAAGGAAAAAUGUAUGGAUUAUUUUCAUGUAAAUGCUAAUUACAUUAUCUGGAAAACAAACCAUCUAACUGUUCCUAAGGAACAAUAUACCAUCAUAAACAGAACAGCAGCCAGUGUUACCUUUACAAAUGUAGUUUCACCAAAUCUUCAGCUUACUUGCAACAUUCUUACGUUCGGACAAAUUGAGCAGAAUGUUUAUGGAAUUACAGUUCUUUCAGGAUUUCCCCCAGAAAAACCUAAAAACUUGAAUUGCAUUGUGAAUGAAGGAAGAAAAAUGAUGUGUCAGUGGGAUCCUGGAAGGGAAACGUACUUGGAAACAAACUUCACUUUAAAAUCUGAAUGGGCAACAGAGAAGUUUGAUGAUUGUAAAACGAAACCUGAUACCCCCAACUCAUGCCUUGUUGACUAUUCUCCUGUGUAUUUUGUCAACAUUGAAGUCUGGGUAGAAGCAGAGAAUGCCCUGGGGAACGUUACAUCAGACCAUAUCAAUUUUGAUCCUAUAGAUAAAGUGAAGCCUAAUCCACCACGUAAUUUAUCAGUGAGCAACUCAGAGGAACUGUCCAGUAUCUUAAAAUUAUCCUGGAUCAAUCCAAGUAUUAAGAGUGUGAUAAGACUGAAAUAUAACAUUCAGUAUAGGACCAAAGAUGCCUCAACUUGGAACCAGAUUCCUCCUGAAGAUACAGCAUCUACCCGGUCUUCAUUCACUGUCCAGGACCUUAAGCCUUUUACAGAAUAUGUGUUUAGGGUUCGCUGUAUGAAGGAAGAUGGUAAGGGAUUUUGGAGUGAUUGGAGUGAAGAUGCAAGUGGGAUCACAUAUGAAGAUAGACCAUCCAAAGCACCAAGUUUCUGGUAUAGGAUAAAUCCAUCCCAUUCUCUUGGCUAUAGAUCUGUACAACUUAUAUGGAAGACAUUGCCUCCUUUUGAAGCCAAUGGGAAAAUCUUGGAUUAUGAAGUGACUCUUACAAGAUGGAAAUCACUUUUACAAAAUUACACAGUUAAUGACACAAAAUUGACAGUAAACCUCACAAAUGAUCGCUAUAGUGCAACUCUGGCAGCCAGAAAUCUAGUUGGCAAAUCAGAUGCUUCCAUUUUAACUAUCCCUGCCUCUGACUUUCAAGCUACUCACCCUGUAACAAAUCUGAAAGCGUUCCCCAAAGAUAACAUGCUUUGGGUAGAAUGGACUGCUCCAAGUAAAUCUGUAAAGAAAUAUAUACUUGAAUGGUGUGUACUGUCGGAUAAAUCACCCUGUAUCCCAGACUGGCAGCAAGAAGAUGGUACUGUGCAUCGCACCUAUUUAAGAGGGAAACUAAUGGAGAGCAAAUGUUAUUUGAUAACUAUUACUCCAGUUUAUGCCAAUGGACCGGGAAGCCCUGAAUCUACAAAGGCAUACCUUAAACAAGCUCCACCUUCCAAAGGACCUACUGUUCGGACAAAAAAAGUGGGGAAGAAUGAAGCUGUCUUAGAGUGGGACCAACUUCCUGUUGAUGUUCAGAAUGGAUUUAUCAGAAAUUACACUAUAUUUUAUAGAACCAUCAUUGGAAAUGAAACUGCUGUGAAUGUGGAUUCUUCCCACACAGAAUAUACACUGUCCUCCUUGACCAGUGACACAUUGUACAUGGUACGGAUGACAGCAUACACAGAUGAAGGUGGAAAGGACGGUCCAGAAUUCACUUUUACUACACCGAAGUUUGCUCAAGGAGAAAUAGAAGCCAUAGUCGUGCCUGUUUGCUUAGCAUUCCUGUUGACAACUCUUCUGGGAGUAUUGUUCUGCUUUAAUAAGAGAGACUUAAUUAAAAAACACAUCUGGCCUAAUGUUCCAGAUCCUUCAAAGAGUCAUAUUGCCCAGUGGUCACCUCAUACCCCUCCAAGGCACAAUUUUAAUUCAAAAGAUCAAAUGUAUUCAGAUGGAAAUUUCACUGAUGUAAGUGUUGUGGAAAUAGAAGCAAAUGAUAAAAAGCCUUUUCCAGAAGAUCUGAAAUCACUGGACCUGUUCAAGAAGGAAAAAAUUAGUACUGAAGGACACAGUAGUGGUAUUGGGGGGUCUUCAUGCAUGUCAUCUUCUAGGCCAAGCAUUUCUAGCAGUGAUGAAAAUGAAUCUACACAAAACACUUCAAGCACUGUGCAGUAUUCUACUGUCGUGCAUAGUGGCUACAGACACCAGGUUCCAUCUGUCCAGGUCUUUUCAAGAUCUGAGUCUACCCAGCCCUUGUUAGAGUCAGAGGAGCGACCAGAAGAUCUACAGUUGGUAGAUAAUGUAGACAGCGGUGAUGGCAUUUUGCCCAGGCAACAGUAUUUCAAACAAAACUGCAACCAACCUGAAACCAGUCCAGAUAUUUCACAUUUUGAAAGGUCAAAGCAAGUUUCAUCAGGCAACGAGGAAGAUUUUAUGAGACUUAAACAGCAGCAGAUUUCUAAUCAUAAUUCACAGUCCUCUGGAUCUGGCCAAAUGAAAAUGUUUCAGGAAGUUUCUGUAGCAGAUGCUUUUGGCCCAGGGACUGAGGGACAAGUAGAGAGAUUUGAAACAGUUGGGAUUGAGGCUGCAAUUGAUGAAGGGAUGCCUAAAAGUUACUUACCACAGACUGUAAGACAAGGUGGCUACAUGCCUCAGUAAAAGACUAGUUCCUUCAACUUCAACACCUAUGAAAUAAAGCUAAAAAUAUUUUGUCUGUGACUUCAGAUACAAAACAAUCUUCACUCCCUGAAGAUGAUCAUUUGCCCUGAAGGACAAAAAUCUCACCGGAACUGUUUUCAUUCCAGAACAACUGGGAUUUUACUUUAAGCACUACAGAAACUGACUUUAUCCUCUGAAUAGCUGAAUGACUUUGUGCUCUUUUACAAUGUUUGCACUGAAGAAAAACAGAAAGCUUAUCUGAACUUUAUGGAAUUAAACUUUGUGUUUUACUUUACAUAGAAAAUAGUAUUUACAUAAUGAGCAGCAAUCGAAGAGUCAUACUGAUUUUGAUGAGAAUAAUCAUCAAAAACAAGUGGCUUAGGAAUAGUUAAUGUAAAAAAAGAGGAGCAAGAUCUAGAUCCUUUACUUCAUCUGACAU